AUGGAGAAGAACGAGCAGUUUCGUCUCUUCUGCAGCGAGCUCGCUGAAUUCCUGCGCGAGAUCGUUGACCAUCUGUUCACCAAAGAUGACGCCGGCAAAGAUAUCUGCUCGUUGACAGACCAGGCACUCGACGAUGCCGGCUUGAAGAUAGACGAGGCGUACGCAAGACCAGACGACAAUCGGAUGACUGCCAAGUUGUUGCACAGCUAUUUCAACAACGACAUGCGGCUUGGUAAGGCCCCCGAGACAGAGAAAGCGUGGUGUGUCUUGAUGGACUUGCAUUUUUGCUUGCAUGGUGGACAUUUGUGA